GAACCGGUGUCUUUCAUCGCGCUUGAGCUUGACAGCUUAUGCGUUGACCGCGCGCUUCACACCCUCAAAUAUAGCCCUUCCUCUGCCAAAAAUGCCUUCUCGAAGGUCCAUCAGGGAAGACCACACCUACGGAUAGACCCCGUGCGCUUUCACCGUCUACUUAAAAGGUGCUUGGCAGUCAUAGAGCGACGGCGAAAUAUCGUCACCAGCCAUGGCCUCGACAUUGUCUGAGGAAACGCGGUUCGAGCACAUCCUCGUUCUGAAUGUUCCUUUCCCCGACACGCACCGUGCGCUCCUCGAGAAGCACGUCAAGAGCAUCACGUACAUACCCUCGGCACGCACGCCAGGGUCUGUCCCCGAUGAUGUCUACCGCAAGGUGGACGUGAUCUAUGGAUUCCCCGGUGGGCUCGAGAACUGGGCGCAAGUCCCGAACCUAAAGUUCGUCCAGCUCGACCUCGCGGGGGCGGACAACGUCGUCCGCGGGACGAUGUGGCACGAAGAACAGGCACAGAAGGUGGCGAUGGCCACGACAUCUGGUAUACACAUGGCGCCGAUCUCGCAGCAUUUCAUCCUGACGACGCUCGCGCUGUUCCAUCGCCUUCAGGAACAUAUAAUUGUCGCCCAGGUCGACAAACGCUGGGGAAAGGACGAUGAGUUCGGCGGGCGGGCAUUCAUCCAGGAACUCAAGGGCAAGGCUGUCGGUGUGCUGGGAUACGGGCACAUCGGGCGCGAAUGCGCGCGCCUCUCGGCAGCGUUUGGCGCAAGGGUCCUGGCAGCCACGAGCGACGGGCGAAAGAAGCCCCAGGGGGGCUACGUCGGGCACGGCAUGGGUGACCCGGACGGGAGCAUCCCCGAGGCGUGGUUCUCGACGAAGGACGACACUUCAUUCAGGGACUUCCUGUCCAGGUGUGACGUACUCGUGCUCGCGCUGCCGUCCACGGGCACGACGCGCCAUUUGCUCUCGGCGACGACGAUUGGCUACCUGCCCUCGCAUGCUAUUGUCGUUAAUCUUGGGAGAGGAGACACGAUUGACACGAACGCUCUGCUGCGAGCUUUGGAUGAGAAGAGACUCGCAGGCGCCGCCCUUGACGUCGUCGAGGAAGAGCCACUUCCGGAUGGCCAUCCUCUCUUCGGCAGGAACAACGUCCUGAUAACGCCGCACGUGAGUGGGCGGACAUCCAUGUACUUUGAAAGGAGCAUACAGAUUUGCGUAGAGAACUUGAGGCGAUUGCGGCAGGGCGAGGAGAUCUGGAACAAAGUGGACUUCAAAAGGGGAUACUAG